UUAGAAUAAGAGAAUAGAGUAGAAAAGUGCAAGAUAGAGUAGAAUAGAGUAGAAUAGAAUAUCUUAGGCUAAUUUUGAAUAACAGUAGCUUCAGUUUGCAGCUCUCGAUGCUCUGAUGAAUAAGGUAAAUAAAACCAGAGAAAACAAGGCGCUCUUUAUGAGCUCUUAUCUUGUCUGAAGGAAAUGUGUUUUCUCUUGUUGCCGCUGAAACAAAGAUUGAUCUCCGCUCGUGCUCUGACCCGCAGGGCUUCAGUGAACUUCAUUAGUUUGACAGUCUCUUGUAAGCAGCCAACAGACGGUGUGCGCGUCUGUGCGCUCCGCUCUCCGAUAGGCUCAUCCUGGUCACAUGCGCUCUUCCUUAUUCCACCGAGGACUCGCUAUAUAGCCCUCUGCCCCCAUACAGGGAGCGAUCAAACAGAAAGCACAGGACAACUGCUCGGGCUGGAUUGUCUUCUUGUUGCUUUCAGCCGGGGGAGAGAAAACAGAGGGAUUUCAGUGUUUCCUGACGCUCCUGCGCAUUUUGACUGACAUCCUGACCGUUUCAGCUGGUGUUUGGAUGCUGACACGAUGCUGUCGGGAUUUUGGACAGAGACAGGCUCAACUGGUUUUGUUUAAGCGUGAUUUUUUUCUCCCACUCAGACCCGGCUGGUAUGGAUGCAACAGUCUCAGCCAAGUGAAUCAUUUCGCAGCUGAAGUGCUUUUUUUGUUUUGCUUUUAAACUUUUUAAAUUUCUCUGAGGAUGAAUGAAUGGGGAGGAUCAAGACAGCAUGGUUUUCUAUGAGGCCACCUUGUUUUUCAAUUUCCCAAACGCAGCGCUUCCCUGUGCACUCCUCACGCUAAGCUGUGGUUUGGAUGAAGUGUGUUUGUUGUGAUGCGUCUCCCCUCCAUUUCCACUGACACCAGUUUGGAUUUACCCUUUUGGAUCUGUGCGUUUCCAGAAUGGCUCGCUUCGCAGAAGAUCUACCCACCCGCUAUGGAGGAGGAGGCGCAGGCGGCGGAGGGAGAGGUGGACCGGGCGCCGGGAGAGGGGGAGCCCGGGGUGGUGGCGCUCCGGGCGGCCAGAGGGUGUACAAGCAGUCGAUGGCCCAGAGAGCCCGGACAAUGGCCAUUUACAACCCCAACCCCGUCAAACAAAACUGCCUCACUGUCAACCGCUCCCUCUUCAUCUUCCGCGAGGACAACCUCAUCAGGAAGUACGCAAAGCGGAUAACAGAGUGGCCUCCAUUUGAGUACAUGAUCCUAGCUACAAUUAUUGCCAACUGCAUCGUCUUGGCCCUGGAGCAGCAUCUGCCUGCCAGCGACAAGACGCCCAUGUCAGAACGCCUGGACGACACAGAGCCCUACUUUAUUGGAAUAUUCUGUUUCGAGGCUGCCAUUAAGAUCAUCGCCCUGGGCUUCGCAUUUCACAAAGGCUCAUACCUCCGCAACGGCUGGAAUGUAAUGGACUUCGUGGUCGUCCUCACCGGAAUCCUGGCCACGGUGGGUUCGGACUUUGACCUGCGAACACUGCGAGCGGUGAGAGUGCUGAGACCCCUAAAACUCGUGUCAGGAAUCCCAAGUCUCCAGGUGGUAUUGAAGUCCAUAAUGAAAGCCAUGGUUCCUCUGCUUCAGAUCGGCCUGCUGCUCUUCUUCGCCAUUGUAAUGUUUGCCAUCAUCGGGGUGGAGUUCUACAUGGGGAAAUUCCACACCACCUGCUUCAAGAUAGAGACUGGUGAGAGAGCAGCUGACUGGCCCUGUGGUGUGGAGCCCCCAGCCAGAUUGUGUCCCAAUGGGACCCAGUGUAGAGAGUACUGGACUGGACCCAACUUUGGCAUCACCAACUUCGACAACAUCCUGUUUGCAGUGCUCACUGUGUUCCAGUGCAUCACCAUGGAGGGCUGGGUGGACAUCCUCUACAGCACCAAUGACGUAGCAGGAAACACCUGGAACUGGCUCUACUUCAUCCCUCUCAUCAUCAUCGGCUCCUUUUUCAUGCUCAACCUGGUGCUUGGUGUCCUGUCUGGAGAGUUUGCCAAAGAGAGAGAACGUGUGGAGAAGAGGCAGGAGUUCCUGAAGCUUCGGAGGCAGCAGCAGAUCGAACGAGAGCUCACCGGAUACUUGGAGUGGAUCUGCAAAGCAGAGGAGGUGUUGCUGGAGGAGGAGGAUGAGAUUGCAGAGGAGAAGUCCCCACUGGAUGGUGCAUGGUACAAGAGGAAACAAAACCUUCCAGUCCUGAAACGAAACAAAGCCAAGAAAGGUAAAAACGACCUGAUCGGUGCUGAGGAGGGGGAGGAUCCAUUCGCAGAUAUCUCCUCUGUUCCUCCUCCUGGCUCUCCGUUUGGUCGGGCCAGUGUGAAAAGCAGCGGGAAGAUGGACAGCUCUUCUUAUUUCCGACGUAAAGAGAAGAGGAUUCGGUUCUUCAUCCGCCGCAUGGUGAAAGCUCAGAGCUUCUACUGGAUUGUUCUGUGUCUGGUGGGCCUCAACACUCUGUGUGUGGCAAUAGUUCACUACGACCAGCCCGAGUGGCUAACCAAGGCCCUCUACACUGCAGAGUUCGUGUUCCUGGGUUUGUUUCUGACUGAGAUGACUCUGAAGAUGUACGGCCUCGGAGCAAGAAAUUAUUUCCACUCUUCCUUUAACUGCUUUGAUUGUGGGGUGAUUGUGGGAAGUAUUUCUGAGGUGAUCUGGGACAUGAUUAAACCAGGAGCAUCAUUUGGUAUCAGUGUGUUGAGAGCCCUGCGACUGCUCAGGAUUUUUAAAGUCACCAAAUAUUGGAACUCGUUAAGGAACCUCGUGGUUUCCCUCCUCAAUUCCAUGAAGUCCAUCAUCAGCUUGCUCUUCCUCCUCUUCCUCUUCAUCGUGGUCUUUGCUCUGCUGGGCAUGCAGCUCUUUGGAGGACAGUUCAACUUUGAAGAUGAAACGCCAACAACAAACUUUGAUACUUUCCCAGCAGCCAUCCUCACUGUGUUCCAGAUUCUGACUGGCGAGGACUGGAACGCCGUGAUGUACCACGGGAUCGAGUCUCAAGGAGGCGUUCGGCGCGGCAUGUUCUCCUCCGUCUACUUCAUCGUCCUCACGCUGUUUGGAAACUACACCCUCCUGAAUGUCUUCUUGGCUAUCGCUGUCGAUAACCUUGCAAAUGCACAGGAGCUGACCAAGGAUGAAGAGGAGCAGGAAGAGGCAGCCAAUAAGAAGCUUGCCCUGCAGAAGGCUUUGGAGGUGAAGGAGGUCAGCCCCAUGUCAGCAGCCAACAUCUCGAUCGCCGCUAAGGAGCAGCAGCGGUCGGCAAAGUCCAUGUCAGUGUGGGAGCAGAGGACCAAUCAGCUGAGGAGACACAACAUGAGGACGAGCAGCGAGGCUUUGUUCAACGAGCUCGACCCCGAGGAGCGUCUGCAGAUGUCCACCGCCCUUCACCUGCAUCCUGACAUGAAGACCCAUCUGGACCGGCCCCUCGUGGUGGAGGCCAAGAACGGCGACAAACCCAGCCGGUCUCCUGAAGGACGGGAGGAUGCAGGGGAUGGGGUUGGAGACAACUUCCACACUCACUCCAGGAGGCAUCACAGGCACCGUGACAGGAAUUGCGACAGCAGGGAUGGAGGCGAAAGCCGGGGAGGGAGGCACCACACCCAUCACAGCCGGAGCAGAGACCACAACAUAAACGGUUCCCAGGUGAAAGAGAGGAGAGGGGACAGUAGCCACAGCCGCGACGGAGGGCAGGGACACAGGCACCAUCACCAGGCCGGCUCCCCUGAGGAAGACGCCAAUGACUAUAGAGGAAGAGAAGAAAGGGGGCAUCGCCACCAUCACUCACAUCAUCCACCGAAAGAGGGAAACGGGACGAUAGCAAAUGGUGCACAGGGGGAGCACAGGGGAAAGGACAGAGGAGGUGGGGAUAGUAACGGAGAGAGGAAGGCACGCUGCUCUCGUAUGGUCAGAGCUCAGUCGACACUGGAUGGAGACGACUGUAAGAGGAACAAGAAUGGAAGCAAAGGUCACAGGGAGAGGCAGCCAGAUGCUGAGGACGAUGGCCUUGCCUCCAGCCCUCUGCAGCCGAUGCGAAGUAGCCUGAGCCUUGGAGAAAAGCAAGAAGAUGCUGACAACCAGAAGAACUCCACCAGGGCCAGCCAGGCCGGCCUCAACAGCAAUGCCAUCCACAUCCCUGUCACCAUCACUGCCCCGCCCGGAGAAACCACCAUCAUACCCAUGAACAACAUCGACUGCGACAAUUUCAGACUCAGUGAGGAGAAGAAAGACCUGGAGGAGGAGGAGGCAGCUAAUGGGCCUCGGCAGAUCCUUCCCUACAGCUCCAUGUUCAUCUUCGGGCAGACAAACCCGGUGCGGCGGCUGUGUCACUAUGUGGUCAACCUACGCUACUUUGAGAUGUGCAUCCUGAUGGUCAUUACCAUGAGCAGCAUUGCUCUGGCGGCCGAGGACCCCGUGCAAGCCAAUGCACCUCGCAACAACGUUCUCAAGUAUCUGGACUACGUCUUCACAGGGGUCUUUACUUUUGAGAUGGUCAUUAAGAUGAUUGACUUGGGACUGCUCCUCCACCCUGGCUCUUACUUCCGUGACCUGUGGAACAUCCUGGACUUCAUCGUGGUCAGCGGAGCUCUGGUUGCCUUCGCCUGCUCGGGGACGAAAGGCAAGGACAUCAACACCAUCAAGUCCCUGAGGGUCCUCAGAGUCCUGCGGCCACUCAAGACCAUUAAACGGCUACCAAAGCUGAAGGCGGUGUUCGACUGUGUUGUGAACUCUCUGAAGAACGUUCUUAACAUCCUCAUCGUCUACAUCCUCUUCAUGUUCAUAUUCGCUGUCAUCGCUGUGCAGCUCUUUAAGGGCAAAUUCUUCUACUGCACUGACGAGUCCAAGGGUCUGGAAAAAGACUGCAGGGGUCAGUUUCUGGACUACGACAGGGAUGACGUGGCAGCACAACCCAGAGAGUGGAAGAAGUACGAGUUCCAUUACGACAACGUACUCUGGGCUUUCCUAACGCUCUUCACCGUGUCCACUGGGGAGGGCUGGCCACUGGUCUUGAAACACUCUGUGGACGCCACAUAUGAGGACCAGGGCCCCAGCCCAGGCUACCGCAUGGAGACAUCCAUCUUUUACGUGGUUUACUUCGUGGUGUUCCCCUUCUUCUUUGUCAACAUAUUUGUGGCUCUGAUCAUCAUCACCUUCCAGGAGCAGGGAGACAAGGCCAUGUCUGAGUGCAGCCUGGAGAAGAACGAGAGGGCUUGUAUUGACUUUGCUAUCAACGCCAAGCCACUGACGAGAUACAUGCCAGAGAACAAGCAGUCCUUCCAGUACAAGAUGUGGAAGUUUGUGGUGUCGCCUCCGUUUGAGUACGCCAUCAUGACUUUAAUCGCCCUCAACACAGUCGUGCUGAUGAUGAAGUUCUACGGAGCUCCAGAGCUGUACGAGUCCAUGCUGAAAUACUUAAACAUCGUCUUCACGGCCCUCUUCACACUGGAGUGCAUCCUCAAGAUUAUUGCCUUCGGUCCACUGAACUACCUGAAAGCGGCCUGGAAUGUGUUUGACUUUGUGACUGUGCUGGGAAGCAUCACAGACAUCUUGGUCACAGAGAUUAAGGACAAGAUGAUCAACCUGAGUUUCCUGAGGCUGUUCAGGGCGGCUCGUCUCAUCAAGCUGCUGCGGCAGGGCUACACCAUCCGCAUCCUGCUGUGGACCUUUGUUCAGUCCUUCAAGGCUCUGCCGUAUGUCUGCCUGCUCAUUGCCAUGCUGUUCUUCAUCUACGCCAUCAUUGGAAUGCAGGUGUUUGGAAACAUCGAGCUGAACGAGGAGACCGCCAUAAAUCACCACAACAACUUCCAGACCUUUUUCCAGGCCCUGACUCUUCUCUUCAGGAGUGCAACGGGCGAGGCGUGGCAUGAGAUCAUGUUAGCGUGUCUGAGUAACCGGCCGUGUGAUAAGCUCUCGGGAACUGCGGGGAAGGAGUGUGGAAGUGACUUUGCUUACUUCUACUUUGUCUCCUUCAUCUUCCUCUGCUCCUUUCUGAUGCUGAACCUGUUUGUUGCUGUCAUCAUGGACAACUUUGAAUAUCUGACCAGGGACGCCUCCAUCCUGGGGCCUCAUCACCUUGAUGAAUUCAUCCGCGUGUGGGCAGAGUAUGACCCUGCUGCCUGCGGCCGCAUGACUUACCACGAUAUGUACGAGAUGCUUCGAGACAUGUCCCCUCCGCUAGGUUUGGGAAAGAAAUGUCCGCCCCGAAUCGCCUAUAAGAGAUUGGUGAAGAUGAACAUGCCCAUUGCGGAUGACAAGACGGUGCAUUUCACCUCCACGCUGAUGGCCUUGAUUCGCACAGCCCUGGAGAUCAAACUGGCAUCUGGGGUCCUGGCGCAGCAUUUGUGCGACGCUGACCUGAAGAGGGAGAUACACCGAGUUUGGCCCAACCUGUCGCAGAAGACUGUGGACCUGCUGGUGACGCCACCUAAAUACAAUGAGCUGACUGUGGGGAAAGUCUAUGCAGCUUUAAUGAUCUUUGACUACUACAAGCAGACUUGUGCCAAGAGACUCCAGCAGCAGAACUCUACAGGAGGACCUCAGAGUAAACUUGGGGCGUUGUUCCGUCCUGUGCUGCCCCUCACUCAAAUAGAGGAAGUGGAACCACCGUUCUGCAGCCCCAAACAGCCCCUCCCACCCAAACCUGAGCCAGAAUCCAAGCUGGAGACACUGCCCUCGACCACCAUCACCUCGGUUUACAGGGACACGAUACUAAGCCAGAGGAGUGCCAUAAAACACUCCCAGUCCGGAGAUGUUUCUCAGGCAGCACAACAGAGGCCCAAAGGCCGAAGGAAACUACAGAGAGGCCAGUCAGAGGAUGUGCCAUAUUCCACCAGACCUCAGGAAUGUGUUGAACUGAAGCAGACAGAGAACAUUUCAGACACAGAGGCAUAUCCAAGCCUGGAGGGCCACUGUAGAGCGGCUUCUCUGCCCCGACUUAAUGCUGAGUACUACCGGAGCCACCCUCGCCACGCCCCUGGGACCCACCUGGCAGUAUGUACCACCUGUUGUGCCACCUCUCUCUUUCUCUUCCUCUUCUUUCCUCCUCUCGUCCUCACCCUGUUUCUCUUCUACUACUUCUUCUUCUCUCAUGUCCGUGUUUACCUCCAUGUGCUCUUCUCAUCUCAGUGCAGAGUUCACACCCUCCCACCAUCAUGGACAAAGUGACCUUCCUACAUAUACAGUAUACACUGGUCAUUCCAUGAAAUUGCUGAUAGAUACAUUACAUGCAACACACAAAUUUACAUUGUCCAUAAAACAUACCCACGUACCUGGAGAAGUAUAUGUAUGUGUAUCCGGGGUACGUCAAGCACUCUGUCCUGCUUUAGCGCCAUUAACUACAGCAGUACAGUACUACACUUUGGUACAAUGUGGUUGUGUGUACUGUAUGUGAGUUUCAUUAUGUAGUAGUGUAGUAGUGUGUAGUUUUUUGUGGGUCGAUGUGUGAUUGUGGAACAAGGAAGGGACAGUACUGCUGCUUUCUUGCUUUGGAAUAACUAUUUUCUUUCAACUACACCACAAAAACCCGUCUAACCUUAUCUGUCAUUAGAUGUUACUGUCAGUCUUAAAAUCUUAUUUAUUACACAUGAAAACAAUAGUCGGAUUCCUCUUUUAUAUCUUUCCCAGACCUUCAGACUCUUUACUGGUUUGAAAGAAAUAAGGGGAGUUUAAGCAUGU